UCCUGGACAUUAAUUGGUUUUCAAUUUCAAUCUCGUAUUUUGGGUUCUUGAGAGGAUUUGGAGGCCUGCAUUGAUUGGUUUAUUAUGCGGGUCUCGAAUGUGUCUUGAGUGACACAACAUAUUGGUUACAAAAGAAUGGGCUGCAUUUGCUCAAAGGGUUCUUCCGAAGAUGAAUAUGUUUUCGAACAAAAAGAAGUUGAUAAAUCUUCUGUACAUAUGGUUGCUCCCUUGCAUAGAGAGGAGAUUAAAGUAGACUUAGUUAAUCCUAAGAUUGAAAUAAUACCUAUGAAUUCUAAAUCAAAGCGGACAUCAGAAUCUGCUCUUAUUUCUGUCCUUGCAACAAAAGUUGAGGAUGAUGGAAAAACAAGAAUUAUCGAGAGGCCUAAGGAAGGCCAUCACAAGAGGCGCUCCACUGUUGAUUUUGGAGUGCAACAAUCAAUGUCUAGAGUUGUAAGCAUACCUAAUGCUGCAAAGGGUGAACUCGGAGCUGCAGGAUGGCCAUCGUGGCUUACUUCUGUCGCAGCUGAGGCUAUUCAAGGGUGGCUUCCUCGAAGUGCAGACUCAUUUGAAAAAUUAAAUAAAAUUGGUCAAGGAACAUACAGUAGUGUGUACAAGGCCCGUGACCUUAAAACCAAUAAAAUUGUUGCAAUGAAGAAAGUGAGAUUUGUCAAUAUGGAUCCAGAGAGUGUUCGCUUUAUGGCAAAGGAAAUAUCUAUUUUGCGUAAAUUGGACCACCCAAAUGUUAUGAAACUUGAGGCUUUGGUCACAUCUAGAAUAUCAGGCAGCUUAUAUCUUGUAUUUGAAUACAUGGAACACGAUCUUGCUGGACUUGCAGCAGCACCUCGGGUUAAGUUUACUGAAGCACAGAUUAAAUGUUAUAUGCAACAAUUGCUUCGUGGACUUGAACACUGUCAUAGCCGGGGUGUACUUCAUCGAGACAUUAAGGGUUCAAACCUUCUCAUUGAUGAUAAUGGUGUUCUAAAGAUUGGAGACUUUGGCUUGGCUACAACCUUUGAGCCCAACCAAACACAGCCAUUAACAAGUCGUGUUGUAACUCUAUGGUAUAGAGCUCCUGAGCUUUUGCUUGGUACAACGGAAUAUGGAGUGGCCAUAGAUAUGUGGAGUGCUGGCUGCAUCCUCGCUGAAUUAUCUGCUGGAAAGCCUAUCAUGCCUGGAAGAACAGAGGUGGAGCAAAUGCAUAAGAUUUUCAAACUUUGUGGUUCACCUUCUGAAGAAUACUGGAAGAAAUCAAAACUACCUCAUGCUACUAGCUUUAAGCCACAACACCCAUACAAGCGAUGUGUCACUGAUACAUUCAAGGACUUUCCGCCUUCAGCUUUGGCCCUUGUUGACAUCCUACUUUCAAUAGAACCAGAAAGGCGUGGUACUGCUUAUUCUGCACUCAACAGUGAGUUCUUCAGUACAAAGCCCUUACCUUGUGAUCCAUCUAGUUUACCCAAAUAUCCUCCAAGCAAGGAAUAUGAUGCUAAGAUUCGAGAAGAGGAAGCAAGAAGGCGGAAAGCUGAGAGUGUUAAAGGAUGUGGAGAUGAAUCAUUGAGCAAGUCGUCAAGGCAAUCAAAGGGAGAAAGUACUACAGAAUCCAUUGCUGGGCAGGGACAAUCAAAUAUCAGCAUCAGUGUUAAAUAUAAUCCUCUAGAAGAAAGUGGAAGUGGAUUCCCUAUUGAGCCACCAAGAGUGAAAAAUAGGAACGGAUUUAUUCAUUCAACUUCAGUGAUCCAUCCUAAUGCAGCUGGAUAUUCUCGCAAAGUCAAAGAGGAUUCAUGUACAUCCCAACACGGUGGAGAGUUUCUAAGACAGGGUUCUCACACGUCUCGAGCUGUAGGAGACUUUUCAAGUGUUCAUUCAAAGAGGGAUGACGGGUCAUCUUAUGAGGAUUCAACGGUUUAUGUGCCAAAGAAAAGUAGACUUCUUUGCUCUGGACCACUAGUGCCACCAGGGGGAAGUAUGGAAGACAUGUUAAAGGAACAUGAGAGACAAAUCCAAGAAGCAGUUCGAAAAGCACGUAUAGAAAAAGGAAGGACCAAAAAGAAUUGUUAUGAUUAUGACUAGGCCAAAUUCAUGAUCCUCCUCCUCCUAUCUUUUGAACUGAUUGCUCACUUCUGCCGGAACAAUUUACUUCUUUUGUCAUGUAAAUGAGAUCCACAGUUGUAAAGGACCUAGGAGGAGAUACAGAUACAUUCCAGUACAAAGUGUCGCGCAUUAAGGCCAUUU